GAAAGGCACGUACUACUACUGAAACUUGUUCACUCGGCAGCCGGCACCGAAGCCAACAGGCGGAGCAAAAAUGGCGAUCGCGAUCUCUCAGGAGGCGUUCGACGCCAUGGUGCGGGAGAACAUGGAGGACCUCGGCAUGGACGCCGACGAGGCCCUCGCCGACGCCGUCGACGCCCUCACCCUCCAAGGUGCCGACCUCUCCGGGAUCAUCAAGCGCGUGCCUGGAGAGGCCGCCGCGGCGGAGGUGAGCCCGGUGAUGCGGGUGCUGGACGAGGUGAAGGCCUCUUCUGCCAGUGACAGUGACAGUGGCGGCAGGUCCGAGGAGGAUGCUGAGAGGUUGGCCUCUUUGCUCGACGAGUUGCGCGAGCUGUGCUCCGGCGAUGGGUUGGAGAAUGCGGCGGUCGCUGCUCGGAAUGGCGGCGUGGAGGCGCUCGUCGCCCUGUGCGCGUCGGCUGGGGUUAAGCAGGAGAGACUACUUGCCUCGGGCUUGAAGGCGCUAAGCUCCUUGCUCCGCGAUGUUGGAAGCACUGAAAAGUUCAGGCAAAGCGAAGGGCCCCAAGUUGUCAUGGGUAUUUUGAAAGGAGGUUCAGAAAGUUCAGAUAUACUGGAAGGUGGCUUUAGGGUUGUGGCUUCAGCAUCUGCAGGCAAUGAAGUUGUUAAAGAGUGCUUUAUGGUCCUGAAGGUUGAUGAACUCAUUUUUCAAGUUAUGGGGGAGAAAUCAAAUAGCAAUGUGCAAAGCUUGUAUGAUGCCAUACGUGUUCUAUUGACACCUGAUGACAAUCGUGUGGUGGCUUCUCAAGUAUAUGGAUAUUCUCGGAGGUUCGCAGAAACUGGGAUUGCAGCAGUUCUUGUCAAUGCACUACGUGAGAAAGUUGCCCCUUCCAGCUUACCAUCAGCUUGUGCGGCUCUGAAGGCAAUUGCUGUCAAUGAUGAAAUAUGCAGAUCCAUAUCUGAAAAUGGUGGGAUUGAUGUGCUUCUUCGCUGUAUUGAUGAGGCUAGUGAACAAAAGAACAAAGUUAUAGCAAAAUCUUGCUGCUCUCUGCUGUCCAAGCUGGCUGGAAGUGAUGCAAACAAGACUACUAUCAUUGAACGAGGUGGUUUUGAUAAGUUCUUGAAGUUGACAUCGAGAUUUUCUGAAGACCCACCAAUAAUACAAGAGGUAAUGUCUAUGGUGACUAUCCUUACACUGCGGUCACCAGAAAAUGCAGCUCGUGCAAUGGGAGCAGGGUAUGGCACUUUGGCUAUACAGGCAAUGCAAAAGUUCCCUUCUUCUGCUCAAACUCAGAAGCAAGCCUGCCUUAUGAUCCGUAAUCUUGUCGUCAGAAACCCUGAAAACCGGACGAUCUUGCUUAAUGAUGGUGUGGAGAAGCUUAUUAGGAAAACCAAGAUGAUGCACGGGAGCUGCAAAGAUGCUGCCACAUCUGCCUUGAGGGAUCUGGGCGUGGACAACUACAAUGCAUAGACAGGGAAAUGAAUUUACUGUGCGUAAAUUUUGGCAAUCUGAGGAUGUUUUGGGGGAAUUAAUGGUGUGUUUGGGUUGAUAGGAUUUUGGCUAUGCUUGUGCGUGGUCUCAAUUUUGUGGAAUUAGUGGUGUGUUGGGUUGCUGCCCCUGCAAACUGCUUCAGCUAUGAAUUUGUGGAACAAUAGUUCAGUAACACGAGGCGUUGAAAAGAAUUGCACGUA